AUCUCUCUAUACACCCCCUCAAGCUCAAGGUGUCAUGGAGUGAAGGCUUGAGAUUGAUACGACUGAAGAAGCAUUACGCUUGAACCAUGUUAUUAGACGGAUAUACCGUAAAAGGCCUUGGAGAAGGCACGAGGAAGCAAAUAGCUUAGAGAAGUCGUGAACGACUUAAAAACUUAUGAUCAACUUUGGAUCAGGAACGACAUAAGUCCUUGAGAAGCAUAUAGCUUAAAGAAGUAAUGGUGACUUGACCAGAUCGACAAAGAUGGCAUGCAGAAAUAUGCAAAAAGGCACACAUAUGGAGGAGUCUCGAGUCGAGAGGCGGCGGAGCUGGUUCGUGUUGGAGCAGCGGCAACAGAGCUUUUCUUCGUUGGAAGGCAGCUUGGCUAUGACUUGGUCGAAUCUCGGAGAGAUCAUGUCACCAUCAGCGUCUCCAGUGAUGAAGAUGGAAGAUCUCAUGUUGGUGAUAUUAUGAGAUCUCUCUAUAAUAGUGAUGAGAGUGAAAGUGAUAAACUUUCGAGAUGUGCUUCUGAGGAAGGACUUGACCAUGACGCUCUCUUGCAUCCUAAUGAUCGUUUGGGUUAUCUUUACCUCCAAUACUUUGAGAGAUCAGCUCCUUAUGCUCGAGUUCCUCUCAUGGAUAAGAUCAAUGAAUUGGCUCAAAGGUACCCUGGAUUGAUGUCGUUGAGAAGCGUAGAUCUUUCACCGGCAAGUUGGAUGGCGGUAGCUUGGUACCCAAUUUACCAUAUUCCAAUGGGAAGGACCAUCAAAGAUUUAUCCACUUGUUUCCUUAGUUAUCACACUCUUUCAUCUUCUUUCCAAGAUAUGGAGCCAGAAGAAAACGGUGGGGAAAAGGAGAGGACUCGAAAGGAAGGAGAAGGUGUAACUUUGCUUCCUUUUGGGUUAGCCACAUACAAGAUGCAAGGCAAUGUUUGGCUUUCAGAAGAUGAUCAAGGUCAAGAUCAAGAACGAGUUGUGUCACUUCUAAGUGUUGCUGAUUCUUGGCUA